AUGCUCGCGUGGCGGGCUCGGGAUUCUACGGCAGGGCAGCAACCCGGCUUUGAGGGGUCCUCAUUCUCCUUCGAAGCCCGUACAGAACGCGAUGGGCGCCGGAUCCAGGUUCUGGAACCUCAGGCUAAGCGCAUCCUGAACAUGAAUGGUGCAUUGUUUGAUAAGUGGAUUACAAACGUUCCCAUUAAGCAUGAUCUGUGUUUUGAAAAAGGACGAAAGGUCCUUUGUGGUGAUGCCGGUUCGCGAUUUCCUGCAAUUCGUGCGAGGUAUUGUCCGCCAUGUGCUGAAAUUCAAGUGACCGUGUCAUUUUCACAAGAGCCUGAGUGGGUGACAGUGUUCUCGUGGCGCCACGAGUCGCCUGUCCAUCGGGGUUGGGAUUUCGGAAGCGUGACUCGCAUGCAUCCGCAGUGGUUCCGGGCCAUUGCUGCAGGCCGCGAUUUGCGCAUGCACAAGCGAGGAUGCGCGACUGCAAACGGGGAUCCUUCGGCGAGUGGAGGCUGUGAACACUGCUCACCCGGGUCUCUGAGAGGAACAUGGCUCCCAGCAAGGGACGGGUUCUUCCUGGCGUUCAUCCCGGGGGUUGUAGGCGUGGGAGACGCGAGUGGUGCGGAGAGCGGUGAACGGGACAGGCGAGAGGGCUCCGUACGCUGUGCUGGGCAUCACCUUUUUUGGUUUCUUGUGUUUCUGAAGGACGAGUUCCAUCCGUUCAUCGAAGCUCUCCUGCCGCACGUCAAGGCCUUCUCUUACACCUGGUUCAACCUCCAAGCUGCGAAACGGAAGUACUUCAAAAAACACGAGAAGAGAAUGUCACUCGAGGAGGAGCGCCGUACGAAGGAAGAACUCAUGAGUGAGAAGCCAGAAGUUAAACAGAAAUGGGCCAGUCGGCUGCUCGGAAAACUCAGAAAGGACAUAACUCAAGACUGUCGCGAAGACUUCGUGCUGUCUGUGACCGGGAAAAAGGCGGCGAUCUGCGUGCUGUCCAACCCGGACCAGAAGGGGAAAAUGCGCCGCAUCGACUGCCUUCGCCAGGCAGACAAAGCAAAUGCCUUGAGCGGGCUCGUACCUGAGAAGUCCGUUUGUGAUGAGAAGCACAAUGCGAAAUACAAAGGGGAUUUCUAUGCAGGCAAUACGCAAAUCAACCCGUAUUGUGGCAUCCAAGACCCGACGAAUACCAUCCUAGCUGCUGGCGUGUUCACAGCCUUGGAGCUAUGGCGUCUUUCGAAAGCUUCCAUCAUGCACGGCAGUGCGAACAGCGUCGGCAUCGGCAUCGAUGGUCCAAUCCACAACAUUAAGAUCGAGAACCCGCCUCCAACAUACUACAACAGCUACAGUCCGACGAAUAUGGAUACGCACGGAACGCUGCUCUCGGCUUCGCCUUACAGUCCUCCGCAUCUGAUCACUGUCGGCGACACGGGGAAGAUGGUGGUGAGCGGGAUCUCGCUCGGGGUCGGCGUGGACAUCCCGAAAAGCGAGUCGAUGGGGUUCGAGCUCCGCAUGGGCGGCCCGCAGCCGUCGGCAAUGUCGCCUGCAGAAACCCACGGGAAGCCCGGACAGGGUCUCCACGCGCUGACCAACACCGGUCAGACCCAGGGCCACGUUCAAGCACUUACUGCUGCGUCCGUAUCCGUUGCCAUGCCGGUCCGUGCGCCUUCCUCAGAUGAGUCGCUGUGUAGCGAGGAUGGGCAUCAGGUCGGCCUGUCUCCUCAACAAACGUCUCAGCAUGUGGAGCUUAAUGGUGGGCUGACGGUGUCAGACUCGCAUGGACUGCAAGUCGGGCACACGCUCGGAGUUACCACGAUCCCGACGAGCACCUACUACUCCAACCACAGCCCGAGCAAAUACCGCGAGAACGGCGACACGUUCACGGAUUUCGUCACGCUGGUUUGCCAAGACGCACAUGGUGCCCAUUCGCCAUCCCAUGCCACCAACCUCCCGACGGUUUUGAACGUGUCGACAUCGUCAUUGAAGCAUAGCACAAAAGCAACGCUGCAGUACUCGUCAGCGAUGCUUCCGCCGCCGUACACAACGACGUGUAGACCAGUGACGAUCAUUCGAUCUCUCGGAGAUUAUGACGCGCACAACGGAGGACAUGCCAGCGAGAUGACAAUCGGGCUGACCAUGGACAGCACAACGGACCAAUCACCACAGACACAUUCCGAAGAAGAAGACAGCUCCGCCGCCGUCCUGACGCCGAUCGAGACGCAGUCCCUGUCUCCUCAGCAUCAGGGCCAAAACCAUAAUAGUCCGCCGCACGGAUUGGGACACCCAGAAUCUCACCUCCAGCUCCAUUCCCAGCACGAAUUGCAGCAAAACCCGGUGUCGCCUUCGGGCCAGCACGACCAGCAGAUGCAUUGUCGACCGCAUUCCGGUCCGCUGAAUACGAACACGGGUCCGAAUGGCAAAGACAAGGUCGGCAAUAACCGGCAUGGCACCUCAGUUACAAUCAUGCGUCCCAUUUCUCCCACUGGCUCUCCGCGGAACGACUACGCCUUUGCACAUAUCCACGGUGCUCAACAAAACGUGUCCCGUUCAGAGGCAACUCUUGGUUAUAACGUGACUUUCACAACGUCGAUCAAUUCAAACGGAACACUGGGUGUGAAUGAGGAGGAGCAACAACAGCAGCAGCAAUCGGGUAGCGGCAGCGCAGAUGGUGACGCACAUCAUGGCGGUGGCGGACUCAUUUCUCAGGGCAACAACCUGACUUUGUUCGCUACCACGUCAGGCGCCCGGACCUCCAUGCGCGCAAUCCCUGUGAGCGUGCCACGGUGGAACCCGUCGCACUUCGUCAACGUUGACGAUAACAUGGAGUACCAGAUAAUGUCCACGCUCAUCCCCACGACGCCGGCAUCUUCUUCGCCAGAAGGCCCGCUUAUGGAAGAUGUCGGGGCUGAUGGAGGAGCAGGAGGAGCAAUGGGUGCAAACGGAGAGCCGGGAUUGGACGGAAUGGAUCACGUCUCGGUGUCAGUCCCCAUCACGGUUCCAGUGUCGCUCGGGCCGGGAAAUGACGAUGGGAAGCACGGAGUGACAAUGGUCCCGCACCACCACCAACACCACCACCACCAUCAUCAGCAGCAGCAGCAGCUCGGCCUGCACCCGCACCACCUGCAGCACCACUGCAUCUCUCGCCAGGCCACGAUGUCAGUGAUAGGCAAAGCUGAGUCCCCGUCAGCGUAG